AUGCGUGUUGGCCUUUACAAUGACUUGCGGGGGCAAGCCGAUGAUCAAUCUCAAGCCACUCAGCAGUUAUGUGCAAUUCGAUUUCAAAAACUUUGCAGUAAUUUGCUGCGAAUUCCCACUGCUGCUGAUUUGAAUAUAGAAUUCGAAUACGAUGAGGAAAAUUUGCAAAGAUGUCUAUUGUCAAAAAAUCAAGUUGAAAAACCACGAGUGGAUUUCACAGGUCUCGGAUUCAGUAAAAGAGUUAGAAAACCAGGGCGACCAUACGUAAUUGAAGGAGGCCUUUCUUUUGUACCUUCCUCACUUCAUAACCAAAAUUUCACAAUUCAGAAACACCGAUCUAUCAUUGAGAAGAUGGUUCUUGUCUUGAAAACAAAAAUCACACAAGAAGUGGCUGAUGGAGUUGAAGCUGAAAAGAGGAGCCGCAGUAUUGUGAUCACUGGCUUAGCGGAAUUUGGAGCUGAUAGAUCUUUGAUAGAAAGACAGAGGGAUCUCGAAGAAAAGGUGGCCAAUGUCCUUGAUGCGCUUGAAGUUGACUGCCUGCCCGAAGUAGUUCAUAGCUCUACAAUUUUCGAUUCUGAACUGAUAGACGAUUUACCAUACUUCGUGUUUCGCUCAGACAGUCCGCUUCAAAAGGGCGGAGGUGUCUGCUGCUUAGUUAGCGACAAAUUUCACGCGGCUCUCAUUCCACUCAAACGCCAAGGGGCUGCUGAUAUGUUGUGUUUUGAACUCCUCUCUCCUUUCACACCUCAUUCACUCAGAUUUGUAGUUACCUAUCGACCCCCAGAUUCUGCUAAGACUGAUGAUGGUACCUUGUUUGAUGCUAUUUUAGAAGUCUGCCUUUCGUCUCCUAAAAUCAUAAUUGUGGGCGACUUUAAUGUUGACAUGAAUAAACAUAGAAAUUCCACUACUGAACGCUUCAAAACUUUAUUGGAAAAUCGUGAUCUAGCCCAAAACAUUGAUGCUCCCACUAGUUUCCGUUCCAUUCUCGACCUCGUUCUUUCUUCCAUAUCUAGCAUCAGUGAUGUCGAAAUUCUGCCUCCUUUUGCCAAUUCCGAUCAUAAUGUUGUUUCUUUCAAACUCGACCUCAAUACCGAUCAACCUCUCUAUCUGCCAUUGCCAGAUUUCAGUCGUGUAAACUAUUCCGAGUCUCGUAAAUUCUUCGCUCGUGUGAACUGGCUGGAAGUUUUCGACAACUAUCAGUCUGUUGCAGAAAUGUAUCGCCGUUUUUACCUAGUGAUGUACGAUAGUUUAGCCAAGGUUGUCCCGCUGAAGUUUAACAAGAAUUGUGUACCUACUUAUCUUUUGCAUUUGCGAAAUCUAUUCGACCAAAAGAAUCAGAUCUUCUACCAACUUGAUGACCCUUUCAACAACGCUCUCAUGUAUAAAACACAAACUGCCUGUGUUGAGGACUGA